AUGUCGGACCUUCAUCAGCCCAAUGCUCCUACAUUCCGUCGAAGUGACACAACAUCAUCAACCAUUGAUUUUAUUUUCUUAUCAUCAUCUCUUUCAUUGUCCUUUGCGAACGCAGUCAUCGAAUAUAUAAAUCAAGAAUGGACUGACCAUGCACUGUUACACGUGGAGCCCCACUUGGAAACGAAGACGUCGAAUGAUCCUGGUAUUUGGCGAGCUAAUCCAAUAUUUUUACAAAAGGAGGAUUUCUGCAAUCAGUUGCACUCUCGCUUAUCUUCCUACUAUUAUCGAUGCUUACAGUCAUCUCAGUUACCUCCCUCAGAACAAUGGGAUAUGGUCAAAGAAGAGGUUAAAAAGUUUACUAGGAAGUAUGGACGUAAACAUACCAGCUGGAGGAAAAAGCAAUUACAAGCUUUACAGUCUAAACGUCAACGCAUUCUUCGAGGUAACCUCCCAUACAGUGCAUUGCAAGAGCAUUUACCUAGGGUCAAGGCUCAAAUCAAGAAUUUACAGAAGGAGCUUACUGACUUAGCCGUCCUCAAAGCUGAACAGAUUUGGCGCGAACGUGGUGAAAUAGAUGCCGGUUACCUAAAGCAUUCGAUUUCUCAGCGCCGUCGCCAGCGUCGAAUUCCACAUCUGAUCCACCCUUCCUCCGGCGAUCUUUGCUCUUCCCCAGAGCAGAUGAUAUCUGCGGCAGAAACCUUCUAUCAGGAUUUGUAUUCUCCGGAGCCCACUGACCUUCGAGCGUUGAAUUUCAUGCGGUCUCAAAUCCCAGAAGAUCUACAUUUAUCUUCAGAAGACAGUUAA